UAUUGAUCAUGAGUCGGAAUGUACCGAUAUACUCUGAGUUGCACGAUAGAUAAACAUGGCGGAUGAAAGCGAUACGGGAUCUAUUCAGAGUAGCCAAAGUGAACAAGGAGCUGAAAAGAAGGCAUUUGAAGAUUCUCGUUUCUACGCAUUGUAUAUAUUUUGUCCCAAAAGGUCUCGUGUGACUGGAGAAGAUGCUGACAGCUCAAGCCACUCUGAAGAUGGAAAUCUCAGCCUGACUGUGGCAGCAACCAACCUAUCUGCUGCAGCUGAAACUGACCUGAGGAAAUCCCUGUCUCAGAGACUUUCCAAAUUUCCUAAUAAUCCAAAUGAAGGGAACUUCCUGUCUGUUGGAUUAAGUACAAGUGACGAGUUGAGCAACUCUGCAGUGUGCUACUACUGUGUGCUAAAUGGCGGCACGGCCGAGGUGCUGAAACAGGACACAACUGUACCGGGAACACAAUAUGUCGUCAGCUUCAUUUCAUUUCACGACAGUUCACUGGACUUAUUCCGCCCGGAGUUGGACCAUUAUACAGCUGGCAUUGUCAAGCUUCUGGAUGCUGAGCCUGCAGCCAUUAGACAGACUUCAUCCAAGUCCACCAACUCCGACUCCGCACACCACGGGCAGCUGAGUCAGAUAGAUGGCGCUGUCAAGGACUACUUGGAACGCUGGUAUGAGGUGGUGUUGGAAUACCUGGCUCGAUGUGUGGCCAAACUCGGAUCAAAUGUGCACUACCUUAUAUAUGCGGCGCUGUUGGAUGCACAGUUACAGAUGAAGGGGUUCACCCAGCAAGAGGAGGCAGAUAUUUACAAGUUUGUGAAGUGUUGCAGCUUGUCAUCUCUAGUCCAGCAGCUUCAAUCAGAUGAGACCUCGAGUAAAAGUGAUGGUGAUCUCCUCCUCAACAUCGACACCAACAUCACCUCUCUUCAGUCUGUCACCGCAGUACUCACAACCAUGGACAACACUGUCAUGUUUGAAGUUGAUAAUUUCUCGUCAACCUGCCAGUUCUGCAAGAUGGCAACAGAGCAUCUGAUGUCUGGAGACCCCAAGAACGUGACGAAGAUCAAGGAAACCCUAGAGUCAGUUAAACUAGCAUUUAUUCACAAUUUGAACAAACUAAAGCGAUUCUUGAGGCAGGCAGAAACUGACCAUUAUGCAUUGUUCAGAUCUCUAAUAUAUCUAAAGAAGAGCGGGGCAGGUGACCUGUUGCUCCGGUACGUCCACCUGGACGCCAGCCCUGAUACUCUCAAUGUACUCACAGUUCUACAGGAUUUCAUCAAGAGCAAAGGACAGGCUCUGGUCUGAAUCGAGUCUGUUUUCACUAAUCUCUAACACUGUAUUAAUAAGUAACCAUAUCUAUUAUUUGACACGUCUAAAUUUGUCUUGAAACC